ACAAUAACAAUAACAAUACAUUAAUUAAAUACACACACCCACAUAUACAAUUAAGAAAGAACACCCCAACGAAGCAGUUACCGCAACUAUUAUUCUGCAAUGGCCGCCUAUACACAAUUUGGAUAUGGCGCUUUUCCGUCGGCAUCACAGCUUCUACCGCCGAAUGGGUCGCAGACACCUGAGGAUGCAGCGAGGGUGAAUGUGAGCGCAUCUUCAUUGGUGAUGACAAACGCACCAGCACUCAGCCCCACGGGUGGUGUCGACUGCCAGACGACGAGCCAACAGCCGGGUGGUGGUGGUGGUGCAGUUGGUGGUGCUAGUGCCGGCAUUGCCUCAACUGGCGCACUAAGUCCCGACGCACUUUCGCAGAACUCAAACGCGGCGGGGUCAGCUGUGGCUGGCGCUGUUGCCGUUGCGGAUGCAACAAUUGCUGGCGGCUCCCUGGACAGCAGCGCUGUGGGCACAACGCCUACAACGGGCAGCUCCUGCUGCGAGAACGGUCGUCCCAUUAUGACCGAUCCCGUCUCGGGACAGACUGUCUGCUCCUGCCAAUACGAUUCGGCCCGAUUGGCGCUCUCCAGCUACUCGAGAUUGCCGGCGGCCAGUGUUGGUGUCUAUGGCUCACCAUAUCCAUCGACGGAUCAGAACCCAUACCAGAGCAUUGGAGUGGACAGCUCCGCCUUCUACUCACCGCUGAGCAAUCCUUAUGGCUUAAAGGACUCGGCGGCUGGCACUGAAAUGAGCGCCUGGACCUCAGCAGGACUACAGCCAACAACUGGCUACUACAGCUAUGAUCCAAUGUCUGCAUAUGGUUAUGGGGCCAGCUACGAUUUGGCCGCACGCCGCAAAAAUGCAACGCGUGAAUCGACGGCCACGUUGAAGGCGUGGCUCAAUGAGCACAAGAAGAAUCCGUAUCCCACCAAGGGGGAGAAGAUCAUGCUGGCCAUCAUCACAAAGAUGACGCUGACCCAGGUCUCCACUUGGUUUGCGAAUGCGCGACGCCGCUUGAAGAAGGAGAACAAGAUGACGUGGGAGCCAAAGAAUCGCACCGAUGACGAUGAUGAUGCCUUGGUCUCCGAUGAUGAGAAGGACAAGGACGAUGUCGACUCCAACAAGGAUGGUGGCAGUUUGGCAAAAGAUGUUGCCAAAGACGAGGAGGAGCUCAUCGAUGAGGAGCAGAAGCAGUUGGGUCAAGCGAACAUUUUGCGCGCUGGCUUUGGCUAUCCCAGUGCUGGUUAUCAUGGUGGAGGUGGCAGUGGUCAUCCUGGUGCUGCCUACAAUCCCUACCAUCAUCAUCACCAUCACCAUCAUCAGCAUCCCGCCUAUUAUCAACCGCAGCAGACGGUGCUGCCGGCGGCCUUCCAUGCGGGCGAGGGCGGCAGUCUGGCCAGCAGUCUGCCGGGCGGCAGUAAGCACAGCGAACAUGGCGAUCCAAAAAACCAGUUAGGCCGGGACUGUGGCGUGCCGAUUCCAGCUACGAAGCCCAAAAUCUGGAGCUUGGCCGACACAGUUGCCUGCAAGACCCCACCGCCAGCCUGCAUGGGCCCAGGGCAAUUAAUGCCGCAGCAGCAGCAGCAGCAGUCGCAUCAGCAGCAGCAGCAGCGUCAUCUGCAUCCGCAGGAGAAUCUGGGCAUGGGUACGUCACAGGUGCAGCAGCAGCAGCAGCAGGAGCAACCAUUGGCGAUGGGCAGCCAUCUGUUCAACGGAGCAGCACCGUAUGUAAGAGCGCAUACUACGGCAUACGGGGGUUUUCUAGGGGCUACGACGCAGCAGCUCCAUACUACGAGCACGAACAGUGCCCCAUACAGCAGUGGCCAAUUGCUGCAACAGCACACGAACAGCAGCAACAACAACAACAGCAACAACAACAACAACAGCAACACCAGCAGCAACAACAGCAGCAGCAGCAGCAGCUGCAAUUCCAACGGCACACAUACGCCUACCAUCCCUACUAUCCGGGCAAACCCAAAUCCGAACGAGGCCAUGAGACUGGGCUUGGGCUUGGGCUUGGGAUUGGGUCUGGGAUUGGGCCAGUCCGAGGUGCAGUUGCAGGUGCAGGGUCAGUGCCCAGCGGUGCGUCAGUCACAGCCAUCUCAAUCCACAGCGAGUCAGCGGGCGAUGGCGAUGGGGUUUCCCGAAGCCCAACCCGAUACUCCACCCCAAACUCCGCCGAAUAUGAAGGUGCUGAGCGGAGCUUUGAGUCUGCUGCCUACCGCUUCGCAAAUCCCUAUGACCGCUACUUGUCGCAGCAGUAACAUCAAUCCACCCAUCAGCAUUACCAGCUACAAUUCCGGCUGCAAUUAUCCCAUGAACUAUUCGACGCGUCUCAACGAAUUCGAAUACCCUGCCAGCAUGAAUCGUGAUGAUUUCGGCAGUGGCAGCAGCAGCAGCAACAGCAGCUCGUCUCCGCCACAUCUGCAGCGGAAUGAGAACAUGUUCAGGCCGCUCUUCAAGAGUUUGACGCCUGUGUAGACAGAAACCACCACACAGAAAGAGGACCUUCAAUAUGUAUUUGCGAUAAAUAUAUAUAUAAAUAUAUAUGUAUAUGUAUGUGAAUACACAUGUGUACAUAUUAUAGUUUAGAUUAUCAUUAUUUCUGGGCUCGUGCAACAACGUAAAGGAUUGUGUAAUAAUUAAUUAAUUAAUAAUAAUAAUAAUAAUAAUAUAUACCACAUUGGUACAGCUGUACCAUACACCUACCUUAACUUAAAUAAAGCCGUGCAUUGUCUUAACCUACAUACUA